GUAGGGGGGGCAAGAAGAUGCAGCGGUGGCGCCGGCGGUGUUGGCGGUGUUGAAGGGGGAGGAGGAGGUGUCUGGUUCAGGUGCAAGGGAGGAGGGAGACACAAACACACACAGAGACACGCAUACAGAGACACACAGAGAAACACACACAGAGGGAGACACAGAGAUACAUACAGAGACACACACACAGAGACACACACACGGAGACACACAGAGACACACAGACACAGAGAGAUACACAGACACACACACAGAGACACACACAGAGACACACACACACAGAUACACACACACACACAAAGACACACACACAGAGACACACACACACAGAGACACACACACACACAGAGACACACACAGAGACACACACACAGAGACACACACACAGCGGCAGGUGUUGAGUGGGGGCAGCGAGCAAGGAGGCUCCCAGAGUCGACUGGGACGCGGGCGAACCCCGUCACGUCUCGCCAAACCCCGAGCGCGAGAGGCAGGGCCGCGAGCCGCACCAGCGAGCGAGCGAUGGCCAUGAGUGGAACGUUGCAUCGCAUGCUGCUCCUGCUGAUGCUGAUCAUCGGCAGCUUCACGUUCGGAUUCAUCAUGCACGCGUCAAGGACUGGGAACUACUACGUGGAGGCUUUAACCAUCGCCCUGCAGUCUCCAUUUCAUACCCCUAGAAUCGAAUCCAACAUUGACGACAGGGACCUUCCCGUGAGCGUUCCAGAUUCGAUGUUCAACGCCAGGGCCCGCGAGGACGUGAGGACGGAGGCGCCGUGGGGGGCCCCCAUCGUGUGGGACGGAACGUUCCAGCCGGACCACGUGGACCGCCUGUUCGAGAAGAGGAAGACGCGAGUGGCACUCACCGUGUUCGCGCUCGGCCGGUACCUGGACAAAUACCUGGCGAGGUUCCUGACGACGGCGGAGAAGCACUUCAUGGUGGGUCACAACGUCACCUACUAUGCCUUCGUGGAGAACGCCAGCCGCGUGCCGCACAUAGAGCCACUCGCUCCGGGACGCUCACUCGCCAUGGUGGAGGUGGAGAAGCGGGCCCGCUGGCAGGACAUCUCAAUGGACCGCAUGAAGAUGAUCGGCGACCUGAUCGAGGGCACCGCGUCGCGCUCGCACGACUACAUCUUCUGCUUCGACGUCGACCAGCACUUCACGGCGCGCUGGGGCGCCGAGGCGCUGGGUGACACGGUGGCGCUGCUCCAGGCCUGGUACUUCGACCAGCCGCCCGAGGCCUUCACGUACGAGCGGCGGCCCGAGUCGGUGGCCUACAUCGCGCCGGGCGCCGGCGACUUCUACUACCACGCGGCGGUGUUCGGCGGACGAUGCGCCGCGGUGCUGAACGUGACGCGCGGCAUCUACGCGGGCAUCACGCGGGACCGCGACGCGGGUGUCGAAGCCCUGUGGCACGACGAGAGCCACCUGAACCGCUACUUUCUGGACCACAGGCCCAGCAAGCUGCUGUCGCCCGAGUACUGCUGGGACCCCAAGAUCGGCAUGUCGCAGGCCAUCCGGCUCGUGCGCCUCGAGUGGGCGCCAAAGGAGUACAACGAGCUGCGCGAGAACGAGGGCUGAGCGGUGGCGGUGGCGGCGGCGGCGGUGCGAACGGUGGGCGGCAGAGGUCGCAAAUGGGUUUUGAUUCCUUACCCGUACCCGGCCGCACCAGGGUCGCAAACGGGUACCCGUACCCAGCCGUACCCGUACCCUACCCGUACCCGGCCGUACCCAUACCCUACUCGUACCCGGCCGGGUACGGGUAGGGUACGGGUAUCUGGUACCCGAUUGCGACCUCUGGGAUGAAGCCAUGUUGCAGGCGCGGGUGGAUUGAUUCUAGGAACUUGAAUUGUGAGAAGAGACAAGACGUUGGGAAAUGAGUGACAAACGGUUACUCACCAGUGACUCACUGCCUACCCGUACCCGGGUACGGGUAGCCGGGUAUCGGGUACGGGUAUCGGGUACCCGGUUGCGACUUCUGGUGGGCGGGCGGGGGGGGGGCAGGAGAAGGGGGGGUCUUGAACGGUUGCGUCGAGCGUUGAGUCGUUAGAUCUCGGGGUUAAGUCGCUCCUAACCCGCAUCCCACAGCGCUAUAACCGGGGUUCACUCGCUCCUUACCCAGCCUUCAUAGGCGCUCUCUGACAGCCCUUGCACCAGCGGUAUGUUGAUGCUAUACGGUGUGGAGAGGUGGGGGGGGUGAAUCUUCGUCUUUGUGUCUCAGCGUGGUUGGGUGGCGUGCGACGUGUUCUACUCAAGCGUAUUUAUGUGCGCGCGACGUUGUCUAUUGAUGGAGUUGUGUUUUUCGGUCGAAUCUAAUGUAAUAUAUUUUUUAUGUCCCCUAAUUUAAAUCUAAACGGUUGCGUUGUUUUGUGAUUCGUGGUGGCAGGGAUUGGGGCGCAGGCUUCAGAGUGUAUUUAUUAUUUAUUUUGUACAGCUUGGGGCUAAUUGUCCACGUGGUCUUGAUUCGGGGCUACAGCACAUGUAUUUUUCUACAUUUAUAAAUUUACUGUAUGUACAUAGUGACGAUUAAAGAUAUAUAAAUAUGACGAUAAUUUUCCUUUUUAAACAAAAAGGCCCUCGCUCAAAUCAGCCGGGCCUUACCGCGUUGAAUUGUCGUACAACUCGUGGCAAUCAUCUUGGGCAACUCGAGCGCGACGCGUUGAUCCCAACUUGUCACCGAGUAAACUUUCGAUUCGCCUUCGUGGGGAUGUUCGAGUCCGGGCGAAAAACCGGGGGAACGGCAAUUUUUUUUUUUUAUAACGAACAGGCGGAAUUAACUCAGCCGGGCCAUCCCGUACAGAUCGGUCUCUCCAUGAUAAAUAUAAUUUAAAAAAACUAAAAACACUCUUUGUUAGGUAUCCCACAUCAGCCUCUCACGGUCAGCCGGGAGCGUGCUCCGCCUGCAGCGCCGCUGAUUUCAGGACGAGCGGAAGUCCGGACCGGUUUCUUCAACUCUGGCGUCCGGUCGGCAGCAAAAGGGCAAUUCAGUCGGCGCUGUCCCCAGCACCCUCUCCGCUCUAGCUCCAAGCAAGCGAUUCUAUAGGUCCACGGCAAAUACCGUACACGGCCCGUUCUCCUCUCGCGUGGUGGUCGUUGCGUUCCUGAAGAACAGCGCGUUAUGUAAAAAUUCGCGUUGUAAUAAAUCAUGUAUCAUACAGGGGGUAAAGCACGGUCCGCGAGAACGCACGAGAUGUGUACGCAGGACGGAGAAAAGACCGGGGCGCGCACAUGGGUGUCGUCCAGAAACAUCCAGCAGCAUCCCAACGCCGAAGUGGCCGCAACGCGACCGCUCAUCAGAGGUCGCAAACGGGUUGUACCUGGCCGGGUACGGGUAGCCGGGUAUCGGGUAGGGUACGGGUAUCGGGUACCCGGUUGCGACCUCUGCCACUCAUUCCCACUGGCGCUGCCGAUGCAGCUCCGCUCGCUCGCCACGUCGCGUCCAACCCGCGUCGAGAGAACAACGCGCGGCCUCGCAGGAGAACUGUCCGCGCUUGCGGAGAAAAGAACUGACCAUUGCGUCCGUGACUACGCAAGUCAGGAAAGGUGCUGGCUAAGGAAAUAAUAGAUCAUACCCUGUACCCUAAGCGGCACAGUAUACCAUUGGUACCUCAUUUGCCAGUAAAAAAUAUGAUUGGUUUUUUACCCUUUUAUCUGGUAACAAAACUGACACCUUUUUUUGGUGCACCUUUUGGCGUCAUCUGGUCCAUCCCAUGUGAGACUAGGCUCGAAGGAAAGCUGGUGUGGACCAAUCAACUUCAAGGACAGUGCAUACAUUAUCAGAGUUAUGUUUUUUGUUUGCAUCAUGACUGCAGGUAUUGUGGUCUAUGCAAACAUGACAAGGUGCCAGUUUUGUUGCCAGAUAAAAGGGUAAAAAAAACAAUUACCGGCACAAUAUACUUUGAGAUGAUGGAGUUGGGGUUCUUGGUUUACAGGCCGACCUUGGGCACAGAUCGCGCUUCGGCGAGCGGCGGUAUCUUCGCGAGCUCCCGUCGCUCCGUCGACUUUGGCACCACGACCCGAGCUGAUCACGUAAUCGCAGUAAUUCGCGUAUCCGUGCCGCUGCAAUGCAGCGCGUGCGUACCACGUGACCACGCACGCGCGCUUGAACUUCUUUCGCAACGUACGUAGCCAACCGUACUAAUCGGAGGUGUUGGGGGGGGGGACAACACUAAACGCGUUGGGGUUUCACGCCAUGCAGGGCUACGUCUCACCCACGGGUAGAGAGAGCGUGCCGCUGGUGGGGUAAGUGGGCCGAUGUCGCCAUGCGCGUGGAUUCCCCACCCUCCCACCCCCCUCGUGAAGUAGCCUGCAGGGGUGCCACGUGGCGAGAUGUUAACUACCUCGCUUGGUAUACAGGAGGUCGUGGGUUCGAUCCCGACCCUGACGCCUGCUGCUGUAUAUUUGGAGUUUGCGUGUCUCUCUCUCAUCAUCAUCACAGUGGCUAGGAGAUGUUAACUACCUCGCCUGGUAUACAGGAAGUCGUGGGUUCGAUCCCGACUGUAUAUUUGGAGUUUGUAUGUUUCUCCCCGUGGUCGCGUGGAUUUUUCUCCAGCUCUUCCGUUUUUUUCCCCUCCACGUUUAGAAACAACGUGCGCUCAGAGUAUGUGUCUGCUAAACAUUUCCACGUGAUGAUGAUGAUGAUAAGCCGCUUCGUUGGGCUAUCGUUUGUGAUAGCCAGAGUCGCUUCUAAGAAAGAGCUUCAGUAGCUCACUUGGACCCUUACCUGGUAAAAUAACAAAAAAAAAGUUUUACAGUUUACACGAUUGGAACCUCAUUUGCCAGUAAAAAAAAUAUAUGAUAAUUGGUUUUUUUACCCUUCUAUCUGGCAACAAAACUGACACCUUUUUUUACAAGGAGUCAUGUUUGCAUAGACCACAAUACCUGCAGUCAUAAUGCAAACAAAAAACAUAACUCUGAUAAUGUGCACUUUUUACUGGCAAAUGAGGUUCCAAUGGUGUAAAUGCUUACCCCGAGCUCUCAUACUCUGAUGGUGCAUUGUCUUUGAGUUGUGCGCCUUUUGGCGUCAUCUGGUCCAACCCAUGUGAGACUAGGCUCUAAGGAAAGCUGUCUCGGGUGUGGACCAAUCAACUUCAAGGACAGUGCAUACAUUUUCAGAGUUGUGUUUUUUGUUUGCAUUAUGGCUGCAGGUAUUGUGGUCUUUGCAAACAUGACUCCUUGUAAAAAAAAGUGUCAGUUUUGUUGCCAGACAGAAGUGUAAAAAAACAAUUAUUUAACAGUUUAGUUUAGGUCGGUGGUCAUAUUUGAGAAGAAUUCGAACCGUGACUCUGGUGGACAUUGGCCACCGGAGUCUUCUGCUGUUGUUGCGGUUCUAACGACCCCACGGGAAUUGUUCACCAUCGGGUAAAAAUGUUAACCAGGGCAGCCCGCCGGGUUCGAACCACUAACGAAUGGUAACACGGGGUCAGCGCGCGUCACUGAGUAGUGAGCGAGUGACCCUGAGGCCUUCCAAUAAGCAGCGAGACCCCCCCCCCCCCCCCAAGCGCGCAGCGCCGCGGUUGCCGUGUCGGUGUCGUCCUCGCGGUGAGAACAGGUUCAGGCUCCACUCCGUGCCGUGGUCUUAUUUACACGCAGCGAGGUUAGAUUUCAUUUUUUUUCAUCAUUAUUUUGUUCAGCGCCGUACUCGUACGGACUGCCGUACUUUUUAAAAUCAUUAUUUUGUUCAGCGCCGUACUCGUACGGACUGCCGUACUUUUUAAAAUCAUUAUUUUGUUCAGCGCCGUACUCGUACGGACUGCCGUACUUUUUAAAAUCAUUAUUUUGUUCAGCGCCGUACUCGUUCGGACCGCCCUACUUUUUAAAAUCAUUAUUUUGUUCAGCGCCGUACUCGUUCGGACCGCUCUACUUUUUAAAAUCAUUAUUGUGUUCAGCGCCGUACUCGUUCGGACCGCUCUACUUUUUAAAAUCAUUAUUUUGUUCAGCGCCGUACUCGUUCGGACCGCCCUACUUUUUAAAAUCAUUAUUUUGUUCAGCGCCGUACUCGUUCGGACCGCUCUACUUUUUAAAAUCAUUAUUGUGUUCAGCGCCGUAUUCGUACGGACUGCCGAAACUUGUAUUUAGUUUGAAGUCCCCGACGCGGAGUGAUCUCGCUCGGGGGAUGAGACUCCGGUUGGACCGCAGACAGCGGUGGGCGGCGUGCUCGCUGGGGCCGCCCGGGAAAGCGGCCUUUUUUGAUGGCUGUCGAGUUGAUCGGGCAACAGUGGAAAUUCCACAUUAACGUGGCCGGGACUGCGGGUGGUGUGGGAGCGGGGGCGGGCGUGAAGCGGUUCGACCCACGAACCCAGGAGAUGCGAGUUCCGAUUCGUUAACCUGAACUGGUUCCGUGCCUGCUGUGCGUAAACGUCAGCAACUGGGGAGACAAAGGCGGCCGGGCGUGGUACUGGCCACCCCCCUCCCCCCUUUCGUGUACUGUGCUGGCCUUCAUAGGUGCCACUCGCUAACAGCAGCCGGUGUGAGCUGCACGGGGGAAUUUUGUUUUGUUUUCGCCGUACGAUGGAUGACGGCUGCUGACUUCCUACCAGCUGUUCCCUGUUUUAGUCGACCUCGGUGGGAUCUUGAUGAUGGGCUGAGCGGGCGCGAUUUGAACUCGCGAUGUCACGAACUUCGCUGUGUCGGGAAACUCCGGGGCAUGAAGAGCGAACGUAAACCUGGAAAUGUGAUGAACGAUCCAUAAAAGAGGUUUUGUUUGGGUUAGAUCGCGUAAAUAUGUAAAUGUUGUGUCGUUAAACCCGCCACCACCCGACACAGCCAACUAGCAAGGGUUGUCACGUGAACAGAACGUGCCCCGUUCGUCACUAGUACAGCACGCCAGUUGUGUGUUGCAGAGCCAAUAAACAUUUACAAUCUGAGUACAACGUCUCACUAGGAAUUGUUUGGCAAUAGCCAAAAAAAAAAAACCUCUAUUAUGGAUUAUAUUGGUCGCGAAAGCCUUCUGCGUGUUAAAGUGAUAAACGAUGAUGGGGGGAGGG